AUGUCUGAUCAGAUGGACUAUUAUUACGAUGAAGACGUGACUCGGCAAUAUCUCGAUCUGGAUGAUUAUGUUGAGAUGGAGGAAUUAGAGAUGUACGAAAACGGGGGAGAAGAAGAGAAUGUCGAAGCAGACGAGAAUGCUGAAGCAGAUGAGAACAUUGAUAUCGACGAGUAUGGCGACAUUGACGAAGACAGCUUAGAAGAAGAGAUCGAUGGAACUGAUGAGUAUGUGCGGGAGCAUGAGAAUCUUCGCUCCAUCAAAUGGCUUCUCCGUCUUGACUAUGCUGAGAUCAGCAACCUUCGCUCGAGAGAGAUGUUGUUGCAACUCUUACGUGAACUGAGAGACGCUCUGAGGGAAGUAGAGUGA